AUGAUUCCCGGAUGUAUACUUUUGAUGAUUUUAUUGCUUUCUCAGUUUAAAGAAAAGGUAAUCCUUGGAGUAGAGGGUCAAGAACUGGUUUAUCCUAAAAAGCUCCCUCUGGUACAGAAGCGAGAUGUUGGGCACGCCCAUGAUCCCGACAUACAGGAAACUUAUGAAGAAGAAUUGUUGUAUGAAUUAAAGCUAAAUAGAAAAACCUUAAUACUUCACCUUUUGAGAACAAGGGAGCUCCUAGCCUCAAAUUACAGUGAAACCUACUCCUCUACAAAAGGAGAGGAGGUCACCAGGCAUCCUCAGGUCAUGGAUCAUUGUUUUUACCAAGGAUCCAUCAUACACGAAUUAGAUUCCGCUCUCAGUAUCAGCACGUGUAAUGGUCUGAGGGGAUUCUUCAGAAUACAUGACCAAAGGUACCUCAUUGAACCAGUGAAAUACACAGAUGAGGGUGAACAUUUGGUCUUCAAAUAUAACCCGAAGGUGCAGUAUGCUGCCAAUUACUCCUGUGCAGAGCUCAAUUUUACCAGGAAAACUGUUCCAAGCACCGAUACCAAAUCAACAGAAAACCAUGAAAUGGAAAGCACCCAUAAAGAAAAACAUAUUGAACUGUUCAUCGUUGCUGACUACAGCGUGUAUCACAGGAAUAGUCAUCCUCAUGAUAAACUAAGGAACCGAAUUUUGGGAAUGGUCAAUUUUGUCAAUAUGAUUUAUAAAACUUUGAAUAUUCAUGUAACAUUGGUUGGAUUUGAAGUGUGGACAAAUGGUGAUCAAAUAAAAGUAGAUUCCGACAUAGAAACUACUUUAUUAAGUUUUUCAUCUUGGCAAGAAGUAAUCAUUAAAAAAGGGAAGACAUUUGAUCAUGCUGUGUUGCUCAGUGGGAAGUGGCUCUACACGCACGCACAAGGGACUUCUUAUCCAAGGAGCAUGUGCCUGCCCCAUUAUUCCUCCAGUGUCAUUAAGGAUCUCUUACCUGACAUAAAUAUAGUUGCAAACAGAAUGGCCCAUCAGUUGGGGCAUAGCCUUGGAAUGCAGCAUGACGAAUUCCCAUGCACAUGUAACUUUGGAAGAUGUGUGAUGGAUAACAUUGGAAGCAUUCCUGCACUAAAGUUUAGUAAAUGUAGCAAAAAUCAAUACCUGAAAUACCUGAAGGAUUAUAAACCAACGUGCAUGUCGAAUGUUGCGUUUUCCAAUAAGUUAAGUGAUUUUCCAUAUUGUGGAAACAAGAAGUUGGAUGAAGGAGAAGAGUGUGAUUGUGGUUCAUUUCAGGAAUGCACUAAUCCUUGCUGUGAUGCAGACAAAUGUGUGCUGAAGCCAGGAUUUACUUGUGCAGAAGGAGAAUGCUGUGAAUCUUGUCAGCUGAAAGAAGCAGGGUCCAUGUGCAGACCAGCAAAAGAUGAAUGUGAUUUUCCUGAACUGUGUACUGGCCACUCCCCUAGGUGUCCUAGGGACCAGUUCCAAGUAAAUGGAUUCCCGUGCAAGAAUGCAGAAGGCUACUGCUUCAAAGGGAAGUGUCCCACCCGGGAUGAUCAGUGCUCUGAAUUGUUUGAUGAUGAGUCAAAAGGGAGUCAUGAUAUCUGCUACAACAUGAAUAAAAAAGGAAAUAAAUUUGGAUACUGCAAAAACACGGACAAAAACUUUGUUCCCUGCAGGGAGAGAGAUGUCAAAUGCGGCAAGAUAUACUGUGCUGGAGGACAUCACUCACCUCACUUAGGAGAAGACAAGACCUAUCACCUUCAGGCUCCAAAGAAGAAUGCCACCAUAGAAUGCAGGACCUUUUUCUUGUACCAUAAUUCUGAAGAUGUUGGCCUAGUUGCAUCUGGAACAAAGUGUGGAGAUGGAAUGGUGUGCAACAAUGGUGAAUGUGUCGACAUCAAAACGGUCUACAAUUCAACCAGUUGCUCCUUCCAGUGCAAUGAAAAUGCUGUGGAUGGCCAUGAAGUUGAAUGCCUAUGUGAAGAGCAGGGAUCGCUAGGCUGGGAAGAAACCUUAAAUGUUACGAAUAUUGCCAUCCUGGUCCUGGUGCUAGUGCUAAUUGUUGUCGGUGUUGGAGUUGUCAUAUUAUUAAUUCGUCACCACAGGGGUCUUAAGUUGAAGCAAAAUCAGAGCCCACUUGGAGACACACUGGGAGUAGAAAAUAAAGCAUACUUUGGCGAUGAGCCACAGACAAGGAAUGCACCAGUCUUACCAGAUACUCAGUCGCUACAAGUAAGAACCUUUCAUUUGUAAUAGUAAAUUAAUCAAUAAAAAGGUAGUUGUGUAUGUAUUUAAUGUGGAACUAACGCUAAGCCAAGUGAAGUGGAAGAUGCAGAAGAAUAAUUUAGCAUAGUUUCACACACAGGCAGUUUUCAGUCUAAAUGUGGGGAAGGGAAGGAGGGCAGGUCUGUAGCAUGAAACAUGAAGCAAGACACUAUUUAAUUCAUAAUAGGAGACGUUGAUUAAUUCUGACAGUAAUUUUUACUUUAUAGGAAAAAUUUAUGAACGUAGUCCAUAUUCUGGGCCAUAAAACAAGUAAAUCAAUGGAAAAGAACGUAAUCUAUAUGAAGUGUCUUCUCUGGUUAUAAUGAAAUACAUUAGAAACCAAUAAUAAGAAGAUAUGGGGAAAAUCUCUAAUUCAAAAGAACCCAUAGUUUAAAGAAAAAACCAAAAGGGAAAUUAGGAAGUAUUUCAAACUGAAUGAAAAUGAAACACAACAUAAUAAAAUUUGUGGGAUGAAGCUAAAGCAGUAACUAGAGAAAAAUUUAUAGCACUAACUGCUUAACUUAGAGAAGAAGAAACCGUUGACCUCAGCUUUCAGACACUAGAAAUAGAAAAGAAAAUAAAACUCAAUGUAAAGAGAGGGUAAGAAAAAAUAAAUAGCAGGUUGAUGACCGAAGAAAUAGAAAACAAAAACGAGAAAGAAAAUCAAUUAAAAUAAAAGCUGAUUUUCUUUUCUUUUCUUUUUUGAGAUGAGCAGUAAAACUUGCUAACUUCUAUAUUGACUGCUGUCUUAUUUAUCUAGUGCUUCUAUAACAGAAAUACCACAAGUGGAUGGCUUUAACAAGCAGAGAUUUAUUUUCUCAUAUUUUAGGUGGCUAGAAGUCUGAAUUUAGGUUGCCAGCUCUAGCGGAAGGUUUUCUCUCUGUGUUGGCUCUGGAGAAAUGUCUUUGUCUCCUUGAGCUUCUGCUCCUGGGUGAUCUUCAUGUGGCUUGGCAUGUCUUUUCCCCCAUCUCUGCUUCUUUUGCUUGCUUGUGUAACCUCUUUUAUAUCUCAAAAGAGAUUGACUCAAAAUAUACACUAAUCCUGCCUCAUUAACAUAAUAAACAUAACCUAAUCAUUGACAUAACCUAGCCCUGCCUCAUUAACAUAACAAACACAACCCUUUCACAAAUGAUAUUAUAAUCCCAGGCAGAAGUUAGGAUUUACAACACAUAUUUUGGGGGUAUGCAAUUCAAUCCAUAACAACUGUUCAGAAAUGGUAAGCAUCAACACAGGUUAUCAAUAUCACAAAGCAGAAAGGUGCCAUCACUAGCGAUUCUA